AUGGAUAUACCCAAUACAGGAGCCAUUUUUACUUUGGGCAAAUCACAUUUGGCCGAAAAUACCCAAAGUUACUUCUACAUAAAAAACGAUCCAAUUAAACGUCUUAUAGCCGGUCCCUAUCAAAGUGCUGUGAUUUGUGAAUCAGGACGUUUAUUUGUUUGGGGUGAAAAUCACCAUGGCCAGCUGGGUAUUGGGGGACAACAUUCAUCGAAUGCCAAUAACAAUAAUAGCAGUAAUGGAGACAUAAUUAUAAAACCCACAUGCGUCAAAUCAUUGAAAACUUUGGGCCUGAAAAUAGCCGAUAUAUCUUUUGGUAACGAUUGGUCUAUUAUUUUAACAUUAUCGAAUGAACUAUUUUUUACGGGUCGUAAUAUAUUUGCCAGUGGCAGCACUGUAUCAACGAAUUUUACAGAAGCAACAGUCAACGAGGAAUUAUGUGAAAUUAUACGAAAACCCUUUCGUUUGGAAGAGUUCGAUGACUGUUUGUCGAACAACGAGGAAGCCGAAAACUUUAUAAAUGUUUUAGCAGGAAAUGAACAUUUUGUUUUAUUGACAUCUUUUGGUCGCCUUAUUGGUUGGGGUUCUAAUCAGUCACAUCAAUUGGGAAAAUCUGUGGAAGAUGCCAUUAUGAAACCCCAUGAAAUUACUUUGGAUUCUCGCAUACAACAAUAUACCUGUGGUCCAGAGAGCACAUUGGUCUUGACCGAAAAUGGAAAACUUUAUUUAACAGGCCGUUUAAAUGAAUUUGUAUUUCCCGACUUUACGGAACUCCAAAAGAAUCUUUCAUCCAAUGAACAAAUAAUAUUCAUGCACAUCUCAAAAGCCAGCGAAAUAUUUAUAGUCACCAACACGGGCAGCAUAUAUCGCAGCUACGAGUCGGUGCGUAAUAAAAGCCUAAUUUUCCAGAGAUUUUAUGAUUACGACAGUGAGGAAAAUGGUCCCAUAUGGAAACUGCUCAAGGGUACCUCUUUUUAUUCCGUACUCACAAAGGCAAAUAAAUUUUAUACUACAUUCUCUGAGAGUGGUCAUCAUUUGAAGACAUUCAGAGAAAUAUCCAAAUUUAAAAAUCUUCGGUUAUUGGAUAUGGCUUUGGGAGAUCGGCAUAUUUUGGUGCACGGUAUACCAAGGUCAUCUACACUGGCAGCCACCAUCGGGCCAGGUGGUGAGCAUAGAUAUAUGACGCAAAGUAUGAUAAUGGCAAAUACUACGGGCGGCAUAUUGAAUAGGAUACGAAAUGGAAAAAAUGGCAAAAGCUUGGAACUGGAUGAAACACAAAUGAAUGUAGAAAAUGCUAAUAUAAAAGAAAAAGAACAGGAAAAACCUAAAAAUAACACACCAGUUCAUGAGAAUAAUGAAAGUUUAAAGGUAGAGCCCCAGGAAACAGAACAACUAGUGCAAGAUAACAACAAUGAGAUUGAAGAACUUCCCAAAUCUGCAGAAUCAGUAGAAUCAUUAACAAACAAUGAAAGCUCUUCAAUUGAUACCGGCAACACAGUUGUGCAUACAAAAUCUCCCACUCUAUCGCUGAAAUCACAAGCGAGCAGUACAAGUUCUCUAAAAAAAGAAAUUGAAACGGCAACAUCAAGUGUUAAGUCGUUACGACCCAGAACUCCCUAUCCCGAAAGCAGUCCCCAUAGUUCACCACAAUCAACUUUGAAAAAAACACCAAUGCGAAAUUUUUCUUAUGAAGCUGCCAUGAAUAACGAUUUCAUAGAGCACACAUCUCCGGCUUUAGUAGAAAGUUUGGAAAAUAUACCCGAACAUGUGGCAAAGGAAAAUAAUGGUUUGACCGUCUCUAUGCCUACACCACCCACCGAAGAUGAUGAGGAGUUAAGAUUGGAAAUUAGUGAAACCACAGAUCCUUUAGAUCAUACAGUCACCGUCAAUGAAAUACGUUUCAUUAACAAUGGCAUAGAUGUCACUGCUAAUGUAAAAAAAUUCAAAUCUGAUGGUUCCGAAGGUUCUCUAGACGAACCAGAUGACGAAGAAGAGGAAGAAGAAGACAUGCAAGAUGACGUCAGCGACAACACAUCGCAGAUAAGAAAACAAGCUGAAGACUUAAUAGAAGAACUGGAAGAUGAAAUUGACAAAAAAGUCGAAAACGCCAAGUCCAACAAGCAGGAUGUACAACAUUUAGUUGAAGCUAAAUCCAAAAGUUUUGCCGACAAAGUCGAAGCUAAAUUCACGGAAACAAAGGGUUCUAUUGAACAAGCCGCCAAGGAGACAGGAGAUAGUGUAGAUUCGACACUCACAGGGGCUAAGGAAUCUAUAGAGGAUGCUGCUACGAGAGCAGCAACAGGAGCCCGAGGAGCUGUACAAAGUGUAAGUGAAAGUACAAAAAAAGCUGCAAAAGGCGCUAAACAGUCAAUGGAAAAUAUUGGCAACUCAAUGGCCAGUGCCAGCAAUGAUGCCCGCCAAACAGUGGGUCAAAUUGGUAAUAACGUGGCUAAGGCUACCGGAGAGGCUAGAGAUGCCAUGGGCAGUACCUUACGCAAAAUGGCAGGUGAUACAAAACAUGCGGUGGGCGCAGUGACCUCAAAAAUUUCCACUGAGGUACAAGAUGCUAAAAAUAGUCUUAGUUCCAUGUUGCCAGGCAAGAAAAACAAAGUUGAUAUACAAAAGCCCAUAGAAGAUCAUGAUCUGGAGGAGGGUGUGCAAUCAGAGGACACUUCUAAGGAAAGCGGUGGUGGCAAAUCAAAUACCACAACACAAUCCAACAAUACAACCACAGGCAUACAAGAAGAUGAUGAGCGUACCACGGCAUCGGCAAAUUCUAAUCACAACUCAUCAGUUGGCAAUCCCUUUGAGAGUUCGAAUCCAUUUGAGAGCACAGAUCCAUUUGACCCCGAAUUAGACGCUAUGGUGGAAAGGGGCAAACAAGCCCUGCGAGAUGAAUUACAAGCAGCCAGCGUAGCGGCGAACACCAGGACAACACAUAUAGUCGAUGAUGUGGUGGAAGAGAAGAGCAAAUUAUCCAAAUUCUUGGACGAUAUGAAGGAAAGGUCAAAGGCUAUGUCAUGUCGUAAUGAAAAAUCCGUCAAAAUCGUUGAAGACCAGCCACCACGUUAUAGCGUUGAAGAUGAAUUAGCUUUACAGCCAGUUAAUGGUCAAGCUAAUGGCUCAAAAGUGUGCACAAUUUUAUAAAUUUCUUUAUAUUUUCUUAAAACUUUAUAAAACCACGACAAAAUAUCAAACAUUUACCAAAGUAAUGUUGCAUUUGUUUA